AGCACUGUCGGUGGCCCUGCGGUUAUCAUGUGUAAUAUUCAACCAUCUGUUCAUCGGACAAAUAUUACAUCUCGUCCGCUGAGCCACGUUCUGACUUGACUGCUCUCUUUUCAACUCUUCCAAUUACGUUUCUUCAAACUGGUGGACAGGAUAUACAGUGAUGGGUUUUUGUACCUGUAAAAGAUGUGUUUGUUUCACCGCGAUUGCAGUGGUUAUCAUAGGGGGAACCUGUUUGAUAUACAACAUUUCGAGACCCUCUGAUGAGUGCUAUGCUAAAGCAGCAGUGGCAGCGGAUGCUGAGGUUUGCUCUAAGAUCGGGAGGGACAUGUUGAAGCGUGGUGGUUCAGCAGUUGAUGCUGCUAUUUCUGCUCUGCUGUGUGUGAGUCUGUUUAAUGCCCACAGCAUUGGCAUUGGAGGAGGAGUGGUUUUCACCAUAUACGAUGCAUCAACAGGAAAGGUAGAGACAAUUAAUGCAAGAGAAACUGCUCCAAUGAGUGCUUCAGAGAACAUGUUUGGCGAACACCCAGAGAAAGCAAAACCAGGGUUGUUCAUAGCUGUGCCAGGAGAACUGCGUGGUUACGCACUGGCACACAAAAGGCAUGGGAGACUGCAAUGGGAGGAGCUGUUUGAGCCCAGUAUAAAGCUGGCAGAGGAGGGUUUUCGACUGAGCAGGUCCUUGGCCAAAGCCAUCAAUUGGAACAAGGACAUAAUUAUGAAUGAUACAACAUUGUGUGAAGUGUUUUGCGACUCAAAUAAUAACCCAUUGAAGGAAAAUGACAUUAUAAGAUUUCCCAAACUAGCUCUCACCUAUAAGAAGAUCGCAAAAGAAGGACCAGAUGUCUUUUAUAAUGGCUCAUUGACUCAGGCUAUAGUGGAUGAUAUCAAGGCUGCAGGAGGCAUUAUAACUCGUGAGGACCUACUGAAUUAUAAGCCGGUGCUGAAUGAGUAUGCAUUAAACUUUACAGUGGGGAAAUACAUAUUUCAUGCUCCUGAUGCUCCAUUCGGUGGACCUGUACUCGCUCUGAUACUCAACAUACUCAAAGGUUACAACAUCUCAAGCAGCAGUGUGUCCACUAUAGAGAAAAAAACUUUGACCUUUCAUCGCAUGAUAGAGGCGUUCCGCUUCGGUUUUGCCUACAAAAGUGAACUGGGAGACCCACAAUAUGAAAACAUCACUUUUGUCCAAAAAAUGAUCUCAGAGAGCUUUGCCGAUCACAUCAGGAGUCAGAUCAAUGAUGACACCGCCAAAAAAGAAAGCAUUGACCUUGACAGCGCUGCACAUGAUGACUAUGGCACAUCUCAUCUGUCCGUCAUCGCAGAAGAUGGGAGUGCAGUGGCAGUCACCAGCAGUAUCAAUGAACAUUUUGGCUCUAACGUGAUGUCGCACUCAACUGGCAUCAUUUUUAAUGACCAGAUGCGGGAUUUCGAUUAUACUGUCUUGGGAAAAAGAUUGAACAAAAAUAACCUAAUUAAAGCAGGUAAAAGGCCACUUUCAUCAAAGUGUCCCACAAUAAUAUUGCACAAAGACAGCAGAGAGGUCAGAAUGGUGGUUGGAGCUUCAGGUGGGCCAAAUAUCACCUCAGCAACUGCUCAGGUGAUCCUGGACUACCUGUUUUUUGACUAUGACUUGCAGAAAGCUGUUAAUGAACCCAGAGUUCACAAUCAGUUAAGCCCCAGUGAGACAUUUGUAGAAGAAAACAUUGAUGAGAGUAUCAUUGGUGGAUUGAAGCUGAAGAAUCACAUCAUAAUUAAGGCGCCCUCAUUAGGAAAGGUCCAGGCAGUCGUACGGCAGGGGAACAGAAUCUGUGCUGAAUCCGACCGCAGGAAAGGCGGCCGUCCUGCUGGAUACUGAGCACUGCAGACUUGUACUUUCUGGAUCAUAUGUGCCAGUCAUGCAAUCUCGGUUAGAAAACUUGGGAUGAGCACUUUAGGAAAAAUUCUUUGUGAAUCUUCUAAAUCUUUGCACAUCAUUUGUUUUAAAUGUUUGUUGAUUUGAUUUCAGAAAUGAUUUCAGUAAACUCAAAAUUAUUCAAAAUUUCA